AUAAAUACAUUUAAUUUUUUCGACUUCUCUUGUUAAAUUUUCCGCAUAUUUGAGCCAUUCGUCAUUCUUAGUGGUUUUAAAAUAAUUUUCCCCACAUCCUACGCAUUCGUUUUCGUCCCAUUCAUCUGCUGAUGUAUCACUUUCCUGCAAUACUGGACUUUCGCUCUCCGAAUCUGAAUCGUUUUUUUCUGUUUAACCACAGUUUUUUUCUGAAUUGGACAUUUGUUUUUUCUUUGUUUUCUUUUUAUCCUUCUGAAUCUCAAUUCGUUGUGAACUGUUUAAAAUAGUUGUAAGCUGCCUACCUCGUGUUUUGACCACUGCUUUUGCGUUAGUUUUGGGAACAAGUGGGAACAGUGAGAACAUUUUCUAAAAGGGUAAAAUAGUGU